GGAAAUUCACAGUGCGGUAAAAUGAUUUCUAAGCAUUUGUGUUCUCUCAGUCUGAAUGCUACCAAAAAGUCUCGUGUGAUUUCUGGCGUAAACAAAAUGGAGACUGUGCUCGCAGCAUUUGGCAGCGCAUCCAAUACUUUAAACAUUCUUUUGGCGAGAUUUGGUCGAUACACUGAGUAUCAAUACGAUGAGCGAGGCAAGAUGAUUGGCGUGAAGCUUCUUGAUUACCUGUUUGACAAGGACCGUGUGGUCAAUAUUCCUACAUCUGAGCGCAAUUUUGACAUUUUUUACUGCCUCUUGGCUGGAGCUACUGAGCAGGAGCGACUUGAAUGGAGUUUAACUGACAAUAGUUCAUUUACAUACUUGAACCGUGCGGGUCAACUGACAACUGGUCCAACAGCAUCCACUCAACGCGACAGAUUUGAUGAACUUCGUCAACAUCUCAAAUCAUUAGGUAUUGGAACGCGCACUCAAAGCUUGCUAUUUCGCACCAUCGUUGCAAUACUCCAUUUAGGCGAAAUCGAGUUUGAAAAUACGGACGGUGUAAAUGAGGCCUGCAGAGUUAAAACCAGAGACACUCUCGAUAUUGUCUCCAAUCUUCUUGGUGUGAAUUCAGAUACGUUCGAAUACGCUCUUACAAUUAAAACCAAACCUGUUUUUAAUGAAAUCUGCACAGUCUUUCUUUCUGCUGCGGAUUCUAUCAUUCAGCGCAACGAAAUUGCUACAACAUUAUACUCUUUGCUUUUUCGCUGGGUUAUUGAGCACCUGAAUACUCGUCUGUGUGUUGAAGAAUCUGACAUGUGUAUUGGCGUCUUGAAUUUUGGCACAUUUGAUUGCGGUCUAGAUGAGCAUAACGGGUUCUACACGUUCAUGAUGAAUAUAGCCAACGAAAGAGUAGCUACUUACUUGUUUCGUGGAUAUGCUCAUCGAUUGUUUGAGCUCUACAACGAAGGACUAGUAAAUAUCAAUCCAGAGGUUCUCAAACCCACUACAAUGUUGACUGCUACAGACUUGGUGUGGUCUCCCGAUGCAACCAGUGUGCUGUCGAUUUUCAAUAGUGAAUCACAAAAACUUGUUGGGAAUACGUCUGCAUUGGAGUUGAAGACGAUUCAGCAAAUGCAUCAAGUAUGCUCAAAGAAUUCAAUGUAUAUAUCUAGCGGUCGAAAAGAGUUCAAGAUCCAGCAUUACAUAUCUGCCGUAUCGUAUGAUAUAACCGGGUUUAUCGAGAGCAAUAGAGGCAUGAUUGGGCCCGACGUUGUUGCUUUAUUCAGAGGAAGCGCGGAAUUGGAAGUUGCUGCGUCCACCAAUCUCUUUGUAAGAAAUCUGUUUUCCGAGCAAAAUGUAGGCACAGCUUCUCGUACCGAAGUUAUGGCUCCCGGAUAUCAAAGUGGGAUUCCUCAGCGACGUGCAUCCACAUUAGUUCGUCGCAAUACAAAAGCUUUUGCAGUGGCUUCUGACUCAAAUGGCUCAUUGACAACAGCAAAUCCCGGUUUGGAGGAAACGCUAGAUGCAACAGAGAUAUGGACAGUAUGCUGUGUUGCUCCUAAUCGCACGGUUGGACCCGCUGACUGGAAAUACAUGACUUCUCAAAUCAAAUCAAUGGAUAUUCCACGACUAGUUGAUAUUGCUAAACAGUCCGCUCCAUUCGCUCAUGCGUAUACGUUUAAUGAGUUUGUAAAAACGUACCGUACCGUAAUUGAGCAGCUUUUAUCCAAGUCUGAUAUGAAGGAUUACACCAACGAAAUGCUUUGCAAUGCCAUUGUAAGUCAUAUGGCCAUGUGCGGUGAUCAAGGUAUACGACAAGGACCCAACAAGAUUUUUUUAAGCGAUAAUGUUUGGAAACAAUCACCUACAUAUACUGCGGAGCGAUCAAAUAGCGACGAAGUUUCAUUUGAUCUUGGUCCAGAUCCACUUCAACGUAGAGAAGUUGCUAAAAAGGGCGAUGGAAACACGGAUCCAAUUGAAGACGAUGAUGAUGACGACGACGAUAAGCCAGGAAAAAGGAAAAUGUCUCGUCCUCGAUGCCAAUGGCUAUGCUGUACUUGGCUGCUAACAUGGUGGAUUCCCUCUAUUUUUCUUUUACUUUGCUGUGGCAUGAAACGUCCUGACAUUCGCAUGGCAUGGCGUGAAAAGGUUGCCCUAUGCAUCAUCAUUUUUUUGAUGUGUUGUGCGCUUUUAUUUUUUAUUAUUGGAUUUGGUCGUCUUCUUUGUCCCAAGCAAGAGGUUCUCAGCACAUUUGAACUUGCCUCAAAGUCGUCUACAACAGAUCCAUGGGUUUAUGCCAAUGGUCGCGUGUAUCAAAUUUCUGAUGUCCUAUCGAAUCACUUUAACAGUUACGGAAUCCCCAAUUUCCGAUUUGCAGGAUUUUUAGGUGGUGACGUUUCUCCGCUGUUUUACAAAGGCGGCCAGUUUUCUACCUACUGCCCGGGACUGCCACCACCUCAGGCUAAUUGGGACCCACUUGCAAACCGACCCAAAGCCGAUUCAAGCAACUAUGCUCAUUUAGCCAUAGAUCCGAAAUCCGGCCAACCAAAGCAAUAUUUGGAAUUUAUGAACAAAUAUGCACGUGCACGAUUGGCCUAUACUCUCGAAUAUAUUGCAAAGGUGGCCAGCACUGAGCAUCGUUUGAUUGUUAUUCACGAUAAUGUGUAUGAUGUAUCGGGGUACUUUAAUGCCGACAGUAGAUUUCUUGGACCGCUUGUUGAGCAACUUUUUGGAAAUUUUUAUGGCAAAGAUGCCACUCCCCAAUGGAAACAGAUUCAGCAAAUCGACCCCAACUCCAACGCAUACAUCAACUGCAUGAAUCACAUGUUUUAUAUUGGUACAGUUGACCAUCGAAAUGACUUUAAAUGUCAGUUUUCAAACUAUAUGUUGUUGGCGACUUCCAUUAUUUUGGUGUCGGUUGUUGGGUUUAAAUUUUUGGCUGCAUUGCGAUUUGGUUCAAGCCGGGAUCCAGAAUUUCAUGACAAAUUUGUCAUUUGUCAAGUGCCUUGUUACACGGAGGGAUCCGACUCGCUAUCCAAGACACUUGAAUCGUUGGCGGUAUUACAAUACGAUGAUCGCAGAAAACUGCUGUUUGUUAUUGCAGAUGGUAUGAUUGUUGGUAGUGGAAAUGACAAGCCGACACCCCAAAUUGUGUUGGACAUUCUUGGGGUUGAUCCCAACGCAACAAUCAAUAGUGAUUCAUUUAGUUUUCAAUCACUUGGAGAAGGCGAUAUGCAGCAUAACAUGGGCAAGGUAUAUUCCGGGUUGUAUAAUGUUCAAGGCCACUCUGUACCGUUUGUUGUUGUCGUCAAGACUGGCAAGCUGAGUGAACGUCGACGACCAGGCAAUAGAGGAAAACGAGAUUCUCAAAUGAUUUUAAUGCGCUUCCUAUCUCGUGUCCACUUCAAUGCCGAGAUGUCCCCUCUGGAGCUUGAGAUUUUCCACCACAUGAAAAACAUAAUUGGCGUUCAUCCCUCAUUUUAUGAAUACAUUCUCAUGGUAGAUGCCGACACAGAAGUAUUUCCCGACUCACUGAAUAAGCUUGUAUCCACUAUGAUGCAUGAUUCAAAGAUUAUGGGUCUAUGCGGAGAAACUCUUCUUUCCAACGAAAAAGACUCAUGGAUUACAAUGAUUCAAGUAUACGAGUACUUUAUCUCUCACCAUUUGUCAAAGGCAUUUGAAUCUUUGUUUGGAUCCGUUACUUGUCUUCCUGGUUGUUUCAGCAUGUACCGUAUUCGAUCCCCAACAAAAUCUGUGCCAUUGUUGAUUGCGCCAGGAAUCGUGGAGGAUUAUUCACUGAACCGCGUCGAUACCUUGCAUGUGAAAAAUCUACUUCAGCUUGGUGAAGAUAGAUAUUUGACUACUCUUAUGAUGAAGCAUUUUCCCAAUCUAAAACUCUCGUUUAAUCCAGACGCUCAAUGCAGAACCAAUGCACCGGACAGAUGGAAAGUGCUUCUUUCUCAACGUCGUCGGUGGAUCAACUCUACAGUGCACAAUCUCAUUGAACUUUUAUCGCUUGAGCAAAUGUGUGGAUUCUGCUGUUUCUCAAUGCGGUUUGUCGUGUUUUUGGAUUUGUUUUCUACUGUAGUCCAACCUGCUGGUGUAUUGUAUAUUGCAUAUCUGGUGUACAGUUUGAUCACUUCUCCUGAUGUGUUUCCUACCAUUUCGAUUGUCAUGUUGGCCGCAGUUUAUGGGUUUCAGGUCAUUAUUUUUGUACUAAAACGUCAAUGGGCACAAAUUGGAUGGAUGAUUGUUUAUAUUUUGGCUACACCCGUGUUUGGAUUCUAUAUCCCAAUCUAUUCGUUUUGGAGAUUUGAUGACUUUAGUUGGGGUAACACUCGAAUUGUGCUAGGCGAAAGGGGCGGACAUGCAAAAGGUUCAACUAAAGAGUUUGAUCCAAAAACUAUCCCAUUGAAAAAGUGGGCGGAUGUCGACUACGAUAAGUGGGAUGGUCAAUCACAAUUAAAUAGCGCUGGAACGGGCAGUUCUAUGCCGUCAAUCAGGGCUGAUAUCAAGGAUCCACUGCUGCCUCAGGGAGAACCGUUAAACCGGCAAAUACCGUCUCCAUUACCGUUUGCACCACCAGCUCAACACGCUCCAAGAUAUGAUCAUCAGGCAGGCAACUUGACUGUGCCAACCGACGAGGAUAUUAUUCGUGAACUACGAAAUGUGUUGGCUACUGUGGAUCUCAUGGUAGUUACAAAACGCCAUGUGCGUGAUGAUGUUAGCAGACGACUUGGAGUUGAUCUUUCAUCCAGACGAAGCAAUAUCAAUAUGUUUAUGGAUCAAAUUUUGCACGGAAAGCUCUAG